AUGUCGAUGACAACAAUACCUCAGACCCAAAUCGCAGCAGUCAUCCCGCCAACAGGAACGACUGCCGAAGGAACCGUCCAGAUCAGCAAGACUCACCCUAUUCCUGUUCCGGGAGAAGGAGAAAUACUCGUGAAACUCGAGUUCUCUGGGGUGUGCCAUUCAGAUGUGCACAGCGUACGGGGAGAUACGCCGAUGUUAACGGACGUGGCGGGGCAUGAGGGGGUGGGGAAGGUAGUUAGUGUUGGAAGUGGUGUUGGGAUGGAUUGGAUUGGGAGGAGAGUUGGUAUUAGGUGGCUCUACAGCUCUUGCUUGAACUGCGAGAUCUGCGCAAGGAACAAUACUUCUUGUCCCUACCAGAAAAAUGCAGGAGCCAAUGUUCCAGGCACAUUCCAACAGUAUAUCGUUAGUCCUGCAAUUCAUGUUACUCAGAUUCCCUCCGAACUGGCUCCGGAUCAGGCUGCGCCGCUUUUGUGUGCCGGGAUUGCCAUGUACUCUUCCAUUAUGAAGACAAAAACUCAGCCGGGAGAUUGGCUGGUUAUUCCUGGGGCCGGAGGAGGUCUGGGACAUAUGGGCGUACAAAUCGCAGUCAAGAAAGGGUUGAAGGUCAUCGCAAUUGACAGUGGGGAAAAGAAGAAGCAGCUAUGUCUCUCGCUAGGAGCAGCAAGCUUCCUAGACUACAAGACCGAUGAUGUCGAGAAAGAGGUCAAAUCUCUUACUUCAGGGCUAGGUGCCCACGCAGUGAUCUGUCUGGCAAACAGCGAAGCAGGCUAUGCGCAAAGCAUGCGCAUGCUACGAAGCCUCGGAGUGCUGGUUUGUACCGGCAUACCCAAUGUACCGUUUAGACUGCCAGCAACGCCAUUUGACAUGAUCGUAAAGGGCCUGACGAUUGUGGGAAACUCCGCCGGCACGGCGAAGGAGAUGGACGAAUUGAUGGAGAUGGCUGUGGCGGGCGACGUCAAGGCGCAUAUUGAAGUCUUCGACUUUGAUCAAAUCAAUGAUGUGUUGCAGCGACUGGGACGGUCAGAGAUUGACGGGAGAGCUGUUAUGAGGAUUCCAUAG